AUGACAAUGGAGGAAAAAAUUAGUCUCUUUGACAUUCUUGAUGAUCAAGUUAUCAAAAAUGAACCAAAAGAAGAGAUCUUAAUUGUUGUUGACCUUGCACAAAGAUGUUUACAUUUGAGUGGAAGGAAUCGACCUAUCAUGAAAAAAGUAGCAAUGGAACUAGAGAUGAUACAAAUAAUUGAUAAAGAUUCUAAGGAUAGUGUGGGGAGUCCUCUUGGAUUAUUAGUUCUAGUUUUUAGUACAUGGAGACUAUACAUAUUCAUAAAGAAAAGAAAAGAAAUUAAACGCAAGAAAGCAUUUUUCAAACGAAAUGGUGGCCUUUUGUUGGAACAACAGAUACACUCAAGUGAAAACAAUGUCGAGCAAACGAAGUUGUUCAAGUCAAAAGAGUUAGAGAAGGCAACUGAUAAUUUCAAUAUAGACAGAGUUCUUGGGCAAGGAGGCCAAGGCACUGUGUACAAAGGAAUGUUGGAAGAUGGAAUGAUUGUUGCUGUAAAGAAGUCUAAAAUAAUUGAUGAAGCCAAACUCUCUGAAUUCAUCAAUGAAGUUGUCAUUCUUACACAAAUCAAUCAUAGAAAUGUUGUCAGGCUAUUGGGAUGUUGUCUCGAGACAGAUGUUCCACUUCUAGUUUAUGAAUUCAUCCCAAACGAAACACUUUCUGAGUAUAUUCAUGAAAAAAAUGCAGAGUUUCCUUUCACAUGGAACAUAAGAUUACGAAUUGCAACUAAAGUUGCAGGAGCUCUUUCAUACUUACACUCAGCAGCUUCUUUUCCAAUUUAUCAUCGAGAUGUCAAGUCUACGAACAUACUCCUUGAUGAAAAAUUCAGAGCAAAAGUUGCAGACUUUGGUACAUCAAGAACUAUCUCCUUAGAGCAAACUCACCUGACCACUUUAGUUUAUGGCACAUUUGGCUAUCUAGAUCCAGAAUACUUUCAGUCUAGCCAAUUCACAGAUAAGAGUGAUGUUUAUAGUUUUGGAGUGGUUAUUGUCGAGCUCUUGACCGGACAAAAAGCGGUAUCUGCAACAAGGUCAGAGGAGGAAGGAAGAAGUUUGGCAUCAUAUUUCAUGAUGACGAUGGAGGAAAAGAGCAGUAGUUUGUUCGACAUUCUUGAUGGUCAAGUUCUCAAAGAUGCGCCAAAAGAAGAGAUAUUAAUUGUUGCUGAUCUUGCAAAGAGAUGCUUACAUUUGAAUGGAAGGAAUCGACCUACCAUGAAAGAAGUAGCAAAGGAGCUAGAGAGGAUUCAAGGCAUUGAUAAUAAAGAUUCCAAUGGUAUUCAACAUAAUUAUGAAGAUCUAGCAUAUGCACAACCUGAAAUUGGAGACUACUCUUGGAAUAAUUCCACGUCGUCAAUAGAGUUAACUUUUGAUAGUGCUGCUACUAGCUUCUCAUUGCAUCAAGAAUUACCAUUGUUGUAAGGGUGAACAAAUAGUAAUAUCCUCUUUGUACGUACGUAGUACUCUUCACUUAUUUUUUUCUAAAUCUUAAAUUUGAGAGAUCAAUUUUAUAUUGUGGUUUACUUUAUUGGUUAAUAUUGUUAACUUUGGUUUCAUCUGAUUGUAUAAGCAUUCAACGCUUGGUACUUUUACUAUGUAAUAUAAUAUAGUAGUAUUCGUGUUUUUGUA